GUUGAACUCUUAACCACUACGCUACCAGGGUUUUCAAGAAUCAUAAGGCAAUCAAUUAUUUUUUGCAUGAAACAUACUCAUCUACUGAAAUCUUCUUGUGAUACUUUGGAGUAUUGCUAUAAUAUUUAUAAUACUUAAAAGUUGUCAAGAAAUGUUUAGUAGAAAGGCUACUUUGAUUAAAGAAUAAUAACUUACACCUUUAGGACUUCUACUUUGGUUCUUUGACCUCUUAAGUUUUAAGUUGCAUUCUAAACUAAAUACCCUUGGGGAAAAGCACUUAAAUAUGCAACUUGUGUUUUCUUUUUUUUAUCCACGUCUUUAUUGUACAUUCACUACUUUAGUAUUGACACUAAAGUAGUUGAAACUAAGGAGCCUAAGAGUAAAAUAGAUAAAAGUAAGGAAUAUAAGAAUAAAUAAGGAUACUAAGAAAACCAUAUACUGGACUGUGAUCCCUGGAUAAUUAAGAAUGUUUACUUUCUUUUUAAAAGAGAAGAAAUUUGGAAGCAUAAAAGCUCAAUAUUUUGUCUAUUAUGUAAAAUAAAUGUUAAUUCUUGAUUCUAGAUAUCAUAUGCCUGCCUCCCUAGUCAGAUGUUUUUACUGUAUGUACUUCUUUCUUUCCAGGUAUAAUAAAAUGACUGGUAUUGAAUACUGCCAGAAAUCAGUAAAGUGUCUGCUGAUUUGCUCAAAGGAUAAAGUAUUAUAGGGAAAAUUGUCUCUGGUGACCAAAUUGUUGGGUGCCUUCAAGUCAAUCCUGACUCAUAGCGACCCCAUGUGACAGAGUAGAACUGCACUAUAGAGUUAUCUUGGCUGUAAUCUUUAUGGAAGCACGUCACCUGUUUUUCUCCCGAGGAGCUACUGGGUAGUUUGAACCACGAAGCCAACCUUUGGGUUAGCAGCCACGCACUUAACCGUUUCACCACUAGGGCUUCUUUGAUGACCAAGUUGUAGUAACCAAAUUAAAUGUGUUUUUUGUUGGUUUAUUUAAUUCUAACUUUUAUUAUCUUCCUUUAUAGCUUUUUACCCGCACCAACUCAGCUAUCUCAGGACCAGCUUGAGGCUGAAGAAAAGGCAAGAUCCCAGAGAUCACGGCAGACCUCACUGGUCUCCUCCAGAAGAGAACCUCCCCCAUACGGGUACCGGAAAGGCUGGAUACCGCGGUUAUUAGAAGAUUUUGGAGAUGGGGGUGCUUUCCCAGAGAUCCACGUGGCCCAGUAUCCACUGGAUAUGGGACGAAAGAAAAAAAUGUCCAAUGCACUGGCCAUUCAGGUGGAUGCUGAAGGGAAAAUUAAAUAUGAUGCAAUUGCUAGACAAGGACAGUCAAAAGACAAGGUCAUUUAUAGCAAGUACACUGACCUGGUUCCCAAGGAAGUAAUGAAUGCAGAUGACCCAGACCUGCAAAGACCCGACGAAGAAGCCAUUAAAGAGAUAACAGAGAAGACAAGAGUAGCCUUAGAAAAAUCUGUAUCGCAGAAGGUUGCUGCAGCCAUGCCAGUUCGAGCAGCUGAUAAACUGGCUCCUGCUCAGUAUAUCCGGUACACACCAUCUCAACAAGGAGUGGCUUUCAACUCUGGAGCUAAACAGAGAGUUAUUCGGAUGGUGGAAAUGCAGAAAGAUCCAAUGGAACCUCCAAGGUUCAAGAUUAAUAAGAAAAUUCCCCGGGGACCACCUUCUCCUCCUGCACCUGUCAUGCAUUCUCCCAGCCGAAAGAUGACCGUGAAGGAACAACAAGAGUGGAAAAUUCCUCCUUGUAUUUCAAACUGGAAAAACGCAAAGGGUUAUACAAUUCCAUUAGACAAGCGUCUGGCUGCUGAUGGAAGAGGACUGCAGACAGUUCACAUCAAUGAAAAUUUUGCCAAACUGGCUGAAGCCCUCUACAUUGCUGAUCGGAAGGCUCGUGAAGCUGUGGAAAUGCGUGCCCAAGUAGAGAGAAAGAUGGCUCAAAAAGAAAAGGAGAAACAUGAAGAGAAACUUAGAGAAAUGGCCCAGAAAGCCAGGGAGAGAAGAGCUGGGAUCAAAACCCAUGUGGAGAAAGAGGAUGGGGAGGCUCGUGAAAGGGAUGAAAUUCGGCAUGAUCGGCGGAAAGAGAGACAGCAUGACCGGAAUCUUUCCAGGGCAGCUCCUGAUAAGAGGUCAAAACUGCAGAGAAAUGAAAAUCGAGACAUCAGUGAAGUCAUUGCUCUUGGUGUGCCCAAUCCUCGGACUUCCAACGAACUCCAGUAUGACCAAAGGCUCUUCAACCAAUCCAAGGGUAUGGACAGUGGUUUUGCAGGUGGAGAAGAUGAAAUUUACAAUGUUUAUGAUCAAGCCUGGAGAGGUGGUAAAGAUAUGGCCCAGAGUAUUUACAGGCCCAGUAAAAAUUUAGACAAGGACAUGUAUGGUGAUGACCUAGAAGCCAGAAUAAAGACCAACAGGUUUGUUCCCGAUAAGGAGUUUUCUGGUUCAGACCGUAGGCAGAGAGGCCGAGAAGGACCAGUUCAGUUUGAGGAAGAUCCUUUUGGUUUGGACAAGUUUUUGGAAGAAGCCAAACAGCACGGUGGUUCUAAAAGACCCUCAGAUAGCAGCCGCCCCAAGGAACAUGAACAUGAAGGCAAGAAGAGGAGGAAGGAGUAGAUGUACCUUUCUUCAAAGUGAAUGAACUAUGAUCCAUAACCCUAAUGACACAAGUCAUAUGGUGGAAUACUUUGUAAAUGGUCAGGAUAAAAACCAAAUCUGGGUGCCAGAUCCCAGCACUACUUUUUAUUACAGGAGAAAGAGGGGAUAGACAAUUCUACUUUGAACUGUUUAGUUUUUUUUAAAGAGUGGGUUGUUUGUGCUUUUCUCACCUUUCAGCAUUUAUAGAACAUAUUGCCCAGCACAUGAAAUUAAGACCACUUCCUUUUGUGUUACAACAGUAGUUUGGGGUU